AUGCCAGCAAUGCCAACACGAAUAUGUCGUGCUAGCAGUGCCAACGCAAGAACGGUUGCAACCUGUUGGUGGGUGUGUCCAGUCAAGGUAUAUGGCAGAACUAAUGGCAAAGAACCUCGCCUGUACCGUGCCUCAGGAAGAUUUCAGAAGAGAGUAGUUGCUGCAGUCCCGACUCAUGAUGUGACCACAGUCCCUCCGAGGCCAGCCAGCCUAGAUUCAUCAGCAGUGAGUCAAUUCAACUAUGAUGAGGACGUUCAUAACCUCAACAAACUGACGGAAGAUAAUUCGAUAUUGGAGGAAGCGGCAGAAUUCGCUAAAGGUCUCGAGCGAACAACAGUUGCGGUACGAGGUGACGAAGAAUUGAGGACAACGACAGCGCCCGCAAACAAUUUUGCAAAUGCACCAGCUAUCAUAACACCUACGCCCCACAAAGCGGAUGUGACGACGUGGAAAAGGAGCGAUUUUGGGCUGAACUACAGAAUCAUAUUGCAGCAGUCCCCGAGAGCGAAGUAA